AUGGUGAUGAACCACGACAGCUGGCUAAUCACCGACCAAGAGGAAGAGGGGGCGACCACGCGCGGAAAGAACGGAGGAGGCAUGGGUGCCGCGUUCCUUCUCAACGCCUUCGGCGCCGACAUCAAGUUCGAGGACAAAUUCGACGUCGAGGAUGAGGAGAUUGCCACCGGCAACCAGGGCGACCUGGAGCGGUUCUUCAAGCACGGCAGCACCGGCCUCGACACCCUUCUCACCAACGCGGCUGUGGUGAAGGACGAGCAGGAGGAGUUGCCGGACGUCAACGCGUUCUCGUUUCGCUGGGACGACGACGAAGAGCUCAAGCUCAAUGGAGGCAGCGACACCGAGGAUCACCCGCCUUCGUUGCUCUUGGACUCGGAGGACCAGCUGCUGCUCAACUCGGGGCUCCUGUCCUUUGACGAUAUCACCCUCCACUCCACGUCCUCCUCGCUCAGCUCCAUGUCGCCGUCUUCGUCGCUCUCCACCUUUUCGACUGUCUCGCUGUCCUCGCCUUCGCCUUCGCCGACGUUGCCCGACGCCAAGGCCUCCUCCAACCCCUCGUCUCCAACCCCGUCGUCGUCGCCUCUCCCCUCAUCGCCGCCUUCUUCCAUCGCUCCUGCCCCCGCUCCCGCUUCCGCUCCAGCCACGCUCCAGCAGCAACCGACGGUGAGCUCCGUUCCCAGGGGUGGGGCCAUGCCGCCCUACGCCGGCAGCUUCCACCCGGGCGCCUCACCGAGCGCAACACUCUGCGCACCACCGCCUCCGUCCACCACCGCGUUGGCGGCGGUGCAGAGUGCUCCCAUGUCGACAUCCUCGUCUUCGUCCCGCGUCAGAAGGCCGCGCGUCAGCAGCAGCAAAGUGACGCCAGCAGCCAAGAAGGCCGCCUCCAGUUCCACGCCUCCGCGGCCGCGACGGAGGAGGGCGGCCAGCACGACCGUUGCGCGGGACAAGCAGGACCGUAUGGCGCAGGAGAUGGCCGGUGACGACUUGGCGAAGGCAAUCCUCUCGGGUCCCCUCACCCUCGAGAAGCUGGCGUCGCUCUCGACCCUCAAGGUUUCUGUCCUGCAAAAGCAGCUCAAGCUGGUGAACGCGUCGACCAAGGGCGCCAAGGCGCAGCUCAUCCAACGACUGGUCCGCUACAUGUACCUCUUCAGCCAGCAGCACCGCCACCAGGUCCACACGUCGUCGUGCUCGUCGGCGUGCGGGCUGCCGCACAACCAACCGACGACGAUCACGGCCACCACGGCCAGCCGAUGUAGCGGCCCCUUUGUCGAUCCCACCCUCAUCAACGCCGACAGCGUAAGAGCGAAGGCGGCCGUGGAGCGAGGCAGGAGCAUCAGCGUCGGCGACGGCUCGCCCAUUCCUCUCUCGUCGUCGGCGCCCUCGCUGUCCGUCGCCUCCUACCUCUCCACCCACCUCUUCCCGACGCCGCUGCAGAUCACCCUCACGGGACGAAUCGUGGAGGAGGAGGAAGAGGAGGAGUUCUCCGACUGA